UCAGCGAGCGGCAGUAAACACAAGCUGGGCUCCUCAAUGUGGCUACCUCUCGCACCUCCUCCCUCUCUCUCUCUCUCUCUUCCAUAUACUCACUAGUCACACCAACACCACAGUCAUGAUGGCCGUCGCUACAGUCGAGAACUCCUCGCUAGACAAGAUAAUUAAUUUUGUCAAUGACACUGGAUACAAGGAACUUAUGCAAAAUUCUGCAAGAUAUAAUGUAAGAAUCCGUAAAGACAGGAUAUAUCGACAGCCUUAUAUUGAUGGACAAACAGGUGUAGCACAACGACACUGCCACCUCUUUGUUAGUGACAAACAUCGAAUGCCAGGAAUUCUUCAAGGGCAAGUCUAUACAUAUCCUGCACGAAGAUGGAAAGCACAAAGACGGUCCUACUUGGGCUCGCUUAUGCAGGCAGCUAAAGCAGACCCUGAUGAGCAUACAAUUACAACAGUGGAAAAUCCUGCAGCAAUUGUUGCAGCUGUUGAAGAACCUAUUCAUCCACCAGAAAAAGUGGUUCUGCCGGAACAGUGGGCAACAUUUUAUGAAGAGCCUCCUUUUGAAGAUGAGUUAGAAGAUGAAUUUGAAUCUGAUGAAGACUUUGAGGAUGAAACGUACAACAACAAAGGAGGCAAACGAAAGAAGGCUCCAGUUGGAAGAAAACCUAAGGCUGCUGGUGGAAUACCUAAGAAAGCCAGCAAAAAGAAGACAUCUGAGAAUAAUGUGCAGCGUACUAGCAAGAAGAAAUCAGCUCCCAAGACUCCCUCAAAAACCCCAAAGAAUAUAAAAAAGGAUGAUGAUGACCCAAAUAACAAGCCAUAUGGUUGUGAACUGUGUGGGAUGCGGUACAAGACGCGGCCUGGCCUAACUUACCACUAUGCACACUCGCAUAAGGAGGAGAAGGAGGAGGAGGCUAAACCUAAAGCCCCUGCUAGAGAUAACGAGCAAAUCCUGGCUAACGACCCCACCCCAGACUACUUACCAGUCCAGGCUCAGGCCUCUGCUACCCCACAUUGGGGUCAGAACAGUUUUUAUUCAGGCCGCCGUUCCAGUUCUACGGGUCAAGCAAAUGCAGUCCCUACAAUGCCUCAAGAUAUUACUUCUCCUACUGACGUUGCACUGGACAAGAAUGUGGGAAAGAAGAAAGUCUCGGCUUCUCCUUAUUGUGACUUUUGCCUGGGUGAUUCCUCAGAAAACAAGAAAACAGGCACACCAGAAAAUCUUGUCUCAUGUGCUGAUUGUGGGAGGUCAGGUCAUCCAACGUGCCUCCAAUUUACGUCUAAUAUGAUGAAGAGUGUUGUGAAGUACCGGUGGCAGUGCAUCGAGUGUAAGACGUGCACUCUUUGUGGCACAUCAGAGAAUGAUGAUCAGCUGCUGUUCUGUGAUGACUGUGACCGAGGAUAUCACUUAUACUGCCUUGAUCCCCCUCUUUCGGAGCCACCUGAAGGAGAAUGGUCUUGUUGCUUGUGCUUACAAGAGUUCCAUGCUAAAUGAAAUCCAGGGAAAAUCUAAUAAGAAAGCAGAACACUUCAAUUUCAUCUUACUUUAUUAGCAAAAUUGUCCUGUGAUUAUAUGAAAAUUUGAAAAUAAGUGUGCAUAAAUUGGAAUUUUACAAUUUUAUGAUAAAAUCCCAAGAUAAAAAUAGUAUAAAAUUUAAGUGCAUUUCAGUAAUUUUUAUAGUAUUUUAUUUUGCCAAAUAUUUGAAUAGAGAUGAUGGUGAUAAAUAAAAAAUUGCAUCCUACUGUAUAUGUAUGGGCUGGAAAUUUGAUAAGGUAUAUAAAGCUGUGAUGCAUAUAGCUGCAUGACUGAAAUAAAGAAUGGUUGUGGUUCAUGAUUAGUUGUCAUUUCCUCAGGGAGUGUGGGAAUAUUGGUAGCAGAAUAUUUAAUAAGUUUAUCAUCUCCCAUUAAACUGUAUAUACUUAAAGUUGUAUUCCAUUCACCUGGGCUCUAGGAGACUCGAACCACGGACCCCCACGCAUGUGCGGCCGAAGCUCUCUUGACCGAGCUAUUGAGUAGUCUUAAUAAGGAAAGUUUCCAGAAGCAGCAUCCUCUUGCCAAACUGGAAUUUUGGUUGGAAAUCGGUGAAUGGAAUGUUUAUUUCCACGGAAGUGUGAAUGACAACUUAAAGUUGUAAUUUCUGACUUGAGAUGAAAUAGGCAUAUGUUUAUUAGAUAAUGUUGUUAUGAUUAUGAUCUGUUAGGAUAGGAACAGAAUGGUUUAUUGUAUCUAUACUGGUCACUGGUUUAGAAUACUAAUUUAGAACUAAGGUCAUACAUAAUGUAACACAGUUAUCAUGCUAGUACAGGUAUAUAAACUGUGGCAUUUUAGUGCUACCUUAAUCAGAUGGUUUUGAUAGAUGCAGUCUUUCACACACACACACACACACACACUACACAAAGCAAAGUUAAUGUUUUAAAGUAGAGGCAAAUUCAAAUUGUGCCGACUACAUAAACACAGCUGUAUUCCUGCUUGGGUUUAUGUUAAAUUUUAAUUUUAAAUAUACAGUAUUUUUUCUUUCACGUAGAUUCUUGGUGAAUGAAACGGUUUGCAAGAUAAUGUAAAUAAACAUCAAUUUAUAAAUCUAAUAAACCAUCUGUAAUUUCAAAAGUUUGCUUUGAGAUAAUUUUGUGUCGCAUCACCUUAUCUAACAUUUUCUCAAGUCUUAUGUUUGAAGAAACAACUGCAGAGUCCAAAAUAUUUGCUAGAGCUCUCUGUAUGUUAAUAUGAUAAACCAACCUUCAGCAGUUGUUUUCUCUAUAUGUUUUCUCUAGUUAUUAGAAUUAAAGCUCAUUCAUGUAAACAAAAAAUCAGUAUUAUACAUUUCCAUGUUUUCUUGUAAGAAUCAUUAUUGCAAAGUUUCUUCAUUAUUUAAUAUUAUAAGAAUUAAAUGCACAUUCUAUAUGUUUAAUAUCUCUGUGCAGAUUUCCAAAGGACAGCCAUAGGGAUGAUGAUGAUAAUAUUAUACAAUCAUACAGUCAUUCAACAAGGAUAUGAUUAAAUAUUGUGACAGUAUUUAUUUAAACCUCAUUCCCAGGAAUACUGUAUAUAUGUUUGUAUUAAAUUAUAUAUUAUAGUACUCUAAUUUGUAAAAAUUCAUGUAUUCAGUGAAAUUUAAUAUUUUAUACUUUAUUGGUUAAUGAAAACUAUGGCAGCUAUGUUACAUAACUGAAGGAAGUUGUGACAGUUCAGUUUGCUAAUAAAUGUAGUGGCUACAAAAUGAACAAUGUAAUAGUAACUUUAAGGUACAGUUAAUACAUGCCAGUUAAAUAUUUUGUGACCACUGACUGGUUGGUUCCAAUAUUUGUAAGAUAUCUUAAAUAUUUAGAAUUACUUAUGCAUGUUUUUAUGAAAUUAACUAUAUGAAAAUAAGAGUUCAUGCCUUCAGGUUUAAAUGAGCAGUACACAAUAAGCAGGGUGUUAUCAUCCUUCAAAGUCUUGUGAAUUUUAGAUAUAAGACCAAUUGACCAUUUCAAUAAACCUUGUCCCAUUUCAAAUAUUUCCAGGGUUAAAGUGUUCCUAACAAAUUUUAAUGUUGUGAUUUAAACUAACAACAUGAAAUAUAGGUUAUAACCAAUAACAAAUAAUUUUGGAUUGAAAAUAUAAAUCUAAUUUUUUAAUUUAAAAAUCUUGAAUAUAUAUUAAUUUUCCUUAAAGUUUUACCUCUGUAGAGUGUUUGGUUCCAAGUGAAGUUAAAACCAUGGUUUUAGCUUGUACACUGUUACUUAAGUCUAAAAUAUAUUUAUGUAAUAAAAGGCCUUAGGUUUAUAUGGUCUUUAAUAAUCAAACAAAAUUGUGUGAUAUCAAAGGCACAUAUACACUGUUAUGACCACAGUAUAGUACACUAUAAUGUUUACUCUCUGGUGUAUUUGUUACUCUGAUCAAUUUCUUUUGAAUUAUGAAUUUGUCAAUGCCUCAAUUUUUGAGCCAAUUAUUCAAAAGUAGUGUCCAUGGUUUGAAAUAUUGAUGCAUAUGCUCGUAAUGUGAUAUCAGAUAUUGAUGCUCAUGCUCAUACAGUGGUAUCAAGUAGUGAUUUUUAUGCUCAUACCAUGGUAUCAGGUAUUGAUGUACAUGCUCGUGCAUGAUAUGAGAUAUUGAUGCUUAUACUCAUACCAUGAUUCAUGUUAAUUCAGAGCUCCUAAUAGCAUUAAUAUCAAGACCUAUUGGGUAGUAGCGUGUCCCAUUAAUUAUGUUCAUGGGUACGAAAAUCUUAGCAUCAGUUUCUGCCAAGUACUUCAAAGAUAACAUGAGUAUCUUUGAACACAUACCUUUAUCCUUUGCCAAUUUUGGCUUCAGGUCACAAGUUGUUGCAAAAAUACUUGUAUACCGUACCAACAGCAAUGGUUCUUCCAGAAUUUAAUUACAUGUAUGCAUUGCUUGUUUGUAUUAAUAACUAUAUUUCUUUGACAGGACAUAUUUUUUUACCAUCCAAAGUCACUGAUGUGCCAACCACAAUAAACCACAUUUUAUCAAGAUUUGACUGAAGAAUAUAUUUGUCAUCAAUUUCAUAUCUAUCCAAGAUAUAUAUAUUCCUCUGUCAUGCCUUAAAAACUCAUCCACAGAUUUAUUCAAAGUACAGACACUCUUAGCUUGAAGAUUACAUUGAGGUAUACAAUAGGCUCCCUUCACUUAUCUAUUGGUGUAGCUGGAAUAUCAGUACUGCAAACCUUCUUGGUCUUAUUCUUUGGUUUGUGGGUUUAUUCAAAUUUAUUAUAUAAUUUGUUGUAGUUUGAAAACUCGAAAUAGGUGUGGAAAAUAUUCUCGAUUGGAUGAUUUUAUUACCUCAUUAAGUGGCUCCUCUGGAGUGACUUAUUCAGGAGGAGUUGACGUGAAUAUUUAGUAGUGUAGAAAAAUAGUGAUAACUUAUCUACAUAAUUUUUAAUAUGAGUAAUUUAGCUGUUUUCUGAUAAUGCCGAGAACACAUCUUUCUUUCCAGUUAACCAUUAAACUUUUGUUUAUAUUUAGUGAAAAACUGGCAUAGCAUUUAUUUUUGUAAUAUGCCUACUAAUCUGACUGUUGAUAUUUGUCAUUUUAUCAUAGCUAUUCAUGAUCCUGUUCUGAAAUCAGAGCAUUGCUUAUGGCUAUAGAUAACACAAAGAAAUGGUAAUAAGCAUUUUUAUUUCCUAAGGUAUAUAUAGUAAUAAACCUUUCAUCUGCUUUUAAAUUCAGACACAAUUUGUGCUCAGGUAGACUGAAGUAAGGUGACUCUUCAUUAUCAGCAAUGAAAGUCAUCGAUACUUUCAUUAAAUACACUCCGAGUAUUGCAACUUUAAUACUUUUAAGCUCUUAGUGGUUUUUCUCAAGAUUUUUGUAUAUAAGUUUAUUUUGUAUUACACUUGAACAGCUAUUUUUGUAGAAAUUAAAUUGAAUUUCAUGUAAGUUUAAUAUUAGAAAAAUAUUUGCAGGUUGUAAUUGAAUUUUAGGUAUGUGUAUGUAAAUUUUUCUAUCUUAUUAUUUAAAUAUGGUGAAUUCAUAUCAAAUCUUGUCAUUAUUGUGCUAAACUUUUAGCCAAUUAAUUGCACCAAAAUAUUAAGAGAAUUCAUGGCAUUCAAAUGCUUGAAUGUAUGUUGAGAUUAGAGUUCAUAAAGUCUGUAUUCAGAAAAUGUACUAAAAAUCAACCCAUAUAUUCACUUCAGCUGAUGCACUUAAUUCUGUAUGUAAUGCAAGUUAUGUAUAGCACAAAAUUUAUCUGGCUUUAUUUUGUAGUUGUAUUACUUAUAAUCUCUUCCUACAAAACAUAAUUAGAAUGAAUUGAACACAAAUUUGCCCCUUCUACCCAUUUUGUGUGUGUGUAGUAAUCUUGCAUGGAAUCAAAUACUCAACAUUUACACACACCAUCUACCAAUCUGUACUGUAAGGCUACAUCUAUAUCUUCAAAAUUGUCUGCAUGUGAUCCUGAAAUUUCUUUUGUUCUGCCUGAAUGGUCUAGCCUUAUACUUAUAAAGAUACAUAUAAAAUUAUCAAAAAAAUUGUUUUAAGAAGUUAAGAAUAUUAACUUGAUCUGAAUAUUAUGCCAUAAAAACAGCAUCAGCAGUCAUUCUCGCUCACUGCUGAAGAGAAUCUCAGGUUGGGAUCGAAAUACAGAGUACAGUCUACGUUUCCUCGUGUUUUAGAAAUAGUGGAUUAUUAUUUUCAAGAAUAUUACAUACAUUUAAAAAUGAUGACCACCUUGUAUUCAAUAUCCUAUAAGGCUAUAACAUUAACUUUUGGUCAUUAUAAGUGUUCCGUAUGUUUAUGAUAAUGUUUCUGACAUUUGACGUAUUACUGUUAGUCAGUGAAUACUUUCUUUACAGCGAGUUAUUCUCUACUGGGGAAAAGGGACUUGCUGCAUGUUCUACCACUUUGUCAUCUCCCAGUUCUGAGGCUUCUUAGGAUGGCUAUUUGAACAAAUUGAACUUGUUUUUUUAUUUGCUAGUGGCAACUAUUUCAUGCAUGAUAACCACAUACUACUUUAUUCAGCAAAUCUUUUUGAAUAGAAGUUCAAACCUGCCUAGUUUUUGAAUGUGUCUUAUGGCCAAAAAAAAUUUCAUUUUUAUUUAAUAUUGUUAAUGAACUUGUCAAUAUCAGUAUUUUUUAUGGCACAUCUUGUAGUGUGCAUCAAUAAGUUUGUAACUGAAUGUGGUCUUGAAGAUGUGCAUUCUGAAUAUGGCCUUGAAGAUACUCUUGUUCAACUGUUUGCCUUUGCAUGAUAUUUUUACAUCUGAUCACUCGGUUAAACUGUUUUUCAUACACAAAAGACCAUGAAAAUUUAAUUUAAAAUUUUUUUAGGUUAAGUAAUAUUUGAAAGAAUGUUUUAAUAAUAUUGCUCUGACAAACAUGAUAUAUAAUAAAAUGCAUUCAUGUAUUCACAGGUAUAUAUUUACAAAUACACAUGUACACAGUGUAACAAGCACAAAUGUAGUAUGACACAAAUGUGUGUGUGUUCAUACAUGUAAGUGCCAUUAAAUAAAUAUAAUUUUUUUUUAUCCACCACUCUUAAGUUUAUCUGGUGUUUGAAAUGUAAAAGAUUUCAUUGAUCACAUCAAUAGAAUCACAUAUCUCACAAGCAGGAGCCCACUACCUGCCUGUACAAGUGUUUACCCUACUUGAAUGAUGCUGCUAGCUAUAUUGUCAGGGCUAUGCAUUGAUACCAUGCAAUGUGUUGUAGCGUGUUAGCAUUCCUAGUUUGAGUAAUUCAAUAAAAUUUUCGUACAUA